AUGUGUUCUCCAGCGCGUGCAGUCGGAUUCCACCCCACCCUGCCACCGGAGCUGUGGGACAUGAUACUCGGCAUGGUGGACCACAGCACCAGGCGGAGCCUCCGGCUGUCAAGCAGAGAGCUUUGUCGGAUCGUGACACCGUAUGUUUUUCGCGAAAUCCACUUCGACCUGGACGAGGGCGGGGUCGACGGCCUUGUCGCCAUCGCCUCGCACGGAGAUGUGCGUCAGUACGUACGAACCCUGGUGCUGCAGAGAAGGCGGGGUCUUCGAAAAUUCCCCGGCUUCAGUGAAUGGGAAGAUAGCAUCGACGCAGGGGCGCCUGCAACGCACGGGGAAGACGAUGGUGGUAAAGGCACAAGAGGGAGUGAUGAUGAUGGCCGCAGCGACGUCGGGGACGGAGACCAGUCGCUGCCGGAGGCAAGUGCCGCUCCGUCGAAGCACGAGGUCGGGGAAGCAAGACAGGGCUUAGUGUCUGUUGUGGGCGAAGAAGGAGGCGGUGUCAAUGGCUCGGGCAGCAUGAGUGGGGACCUACAUACGACAGGAGGCGAAAGAGUGGAAGAGGGCGAUGACGGCAGCGGCGGCAACCAGGCGCAACAGGCCCCUUGGCUUGCCCUUUCGCAACAGGAGCGGCAGUGGCUCUACGAAGAGUAUGAGGCCGACCGCGCGAGUGCCCAUGACUAUCGCUGCCGGCUGACAUGCUGCAUCCGCGUGGCAGCUCCCGGUUGCGCUGUUCUGGACGAGCGCAUCUGCCCGGGGCCUGCGCACGACGACCCGGCACAAUCAGUACUGGAUGGCUUGGAAACGGCCGUCGCCGGCCUGCCCAAGCUGAAGGAGUUCAGGCAUCAACCGGCGUACUUGUUCGACAACCUCUGGUCAAGACGCUGGCGAGACCUGCGGUUUACCAGUAGCGGUAUCGCCCGUCACACGGACGAGUUGGAAGAUGAGGAUAUAGAGGCCCUCCAGCUAUCACUCAGCCUACGAGCCUUGGGGCUCGCCCAUCAUGCGGGCGUCACCGUGGACUGCACCACGCUGUUCGUUUCCGGGCCGGCGUUCUGGGGCGCCUCGAACCUCCGUCGGCUGUGGGACUGGGACCACGCAUGUGACCGGCGAACGAGCCGGCAACAGCCGUUUUGGGGCUUGCUUCCUUUCGAUGACGAGGAACAGGCCGAGGUGCACCGCUUGAACGCGCGCUUUGGAAACCGAGAAGCGGCUGUUGCCUACAGAGAACACGUCAUCCGGGGUCUGUUUACCAUGGAGACCGCCUUCGCACGGUUGAGCACACUCGAUCUGGAAAUCAAAGGUGGCGAGAAUGAAAUGCUUACGAGCAUCGCCCCGUCGGUUGCGAGCUUUGUUACCCGCUGCGGCAAUCUCGAGCGCGCGCGUCUCGUUUUUCGCGAGGACGAGGUCUUCGAUGACUCUCCCCGCAUUGCCUACCCGCGAAUCAGGCGAGUAGACGGUAACGCAGCAGAGCAGCUGCUCACCCGGCUGGCCCGAGCCUGCUAUUGGCCAAGGCUCCAGAAGCUCGAGCUCUCGGUUGUCGUUGAGGAGAGCGUCCUCGUGAAAUUCCUGUCGAACCUCGCGCCAUCCCUCCGCCACCUCCUCCUCAAGCACGUCGCCCUGGUGCCUGGAGGCAGUCGUUGGGAGAGCCUUCUGUCACAACUGGCUACCCGUCUACAGCUUAGUUCCGUUGAGCUCUUCGCCCUCGAAGACAACGCGCGGCCAAGAGGGCGCAUCCUCUUGGCCCCGAUGCCGCAAUUCUGGCCCAGCACUGGCAAGAAGCCCGUUUGCUACAACCACUACGAGAGCGCGGUUACGGAUUAUGUCCUUAAAAGGUCUAGCACAGAGCUGCUGUUAGAUCCUGCAACUUUCUUCCGACAUCACAUACCGCAUUGUCUGUCGGCUCAAGCCUGGGUCAGUGAGUGUCGUAAGAGAAAGUCUGAGGCGAGUCGUGCAGUAGAAGCGUAG